AUGGGGUUAGCAGCUACAAGAACCAAACAGCGGUUUGGAUUAGACCCCAGAAAUACUGCAUGGAGUAAUGAUACGUCGAGAUUCGGACACCAAUUUUUAGAGAAAUUCGGAUGGAAGCCCGGUAUGGGUCUUGGUCUAUCCCCCAUGAACUCACAUACUUCGCAUAUCAAAGUGUCAAUCAAAGAUGACAACGUUGGGCUUGGUGCGAAAUUGAAGCGAAAGGAGAAAAAAGACGAGUUCGAUAACGGUGAAUGCGCUGGGUUGGAUGUGUUUCAGAGAAUUCUUGGGAGGCUGAAUGGAAAGGAAAGUGAAAUAUCAGAGGAACUGGACACUCAAAGGAAGCAGAAAAUUAUCGACGGAAAAUGGGGUAUCCAUUUUGUUAAGGGGGAAGUGCUGGCAAGUACUUGGGAUCCUAAGACUCACAAACUAAGGAAUUACUCCAAUGGGAAGAAACGAAAGAGUGAGGAUGACAACAGUGGAGAUGAAGAUGACGAUGAUGAAAAGAAGCACAAAAAACAUAAGAAACAUAAGAAACAUAAGACACAUAAGAAACAUAAGAAGGAGCACAAGAAGCACAAGAGCGAAGAGAAGAAGCUGAAAAAGGACAAAAGGGCAAAAGAGACGAAGAAAACCCAAAAAAUGAAAAAAACGUCGAAAUUGGAAUCUAGUGCAUCUGCAUCCAAUAUACCCGAUGCGGUAAAUACUAGGUUAUCAGUGCGUUCUAAAUGGAUCAGGCAAAAGAGGGCUGCCUUGAUGGACUCCAAGGCAUUGAAUGAGAUCUUCAUGAUAACAAACGACUAA